UGAUUCAGAUACUUUUGGGCUACUUUUAAAAAAAUUUUUGUCCACAAAAGUUAAAAUCAUCUGGCAACAUUGUUCAGUAUUCAAGACACUUCCAUAAUUAGAGACUUUGUUGCAUUUUCUUAUUGGUGAGUGAGUUUGGUCAAAUAAACUGCAAUGGUAAAAAAUUUUCAAUAAUGUCAGUAAAAAGAAAAGUUGAUAAUGUGUGCCAAUUUUUCCAGCCAAAGUGGGAAAUUUAGUAUUUUUUUUUAUUGACAGGAAUGGUAAACCACUUUGUUUGAUUUGCAAUAAGAUUAUUGCUAUUUUUAAAGAAUUUAAUGUGAAAAGACACUAUGAAAUGAAUCAUAAAGACAGGUUUGAGUUAUUUACCAAUGAAAUUAGGCAAGAAAAACUGGCCUCUUUGAAAACUAAACUUAUGGUGCAGCAGUCAUUUUUUAAAAAAUCAAAAACUGACAGUGAGAAUGCAUUGAAAGCUAGUUAUUCAAUCACACUAAAGAUUGCAAAAAAUCUAAAGCUUUUAAUGACAGCUAAUUUUUAAAAGAAUGUAUGCUAGAUGUGGCCGACUUUUCAUUUUCAUCACAGAAACAAGUCAUUCAAGAAAUACCCCUGACUAGAAAUACAAUUGAUUCCAGAGUAAAUGAAUUGGCAGAAAAUUUGGACUUUCAACUUAAACAUAAAAUUAAAGAAUUUAUCUGGUAUUCCUUAGCAGCCGAUGAAAGUACAGAUAUCAGAGAUACAUCGCAGCUUGCUGUAUUUAUUCGUGGAACUAAUGAAGAUUUUAAUAUCACAGAAGAGUUGCUGCAGUGCAUACCAUUGAAGAGUACUACAACAGCUCAAGAUAUUUACUCAGCAAUUGAGCAAUUAGUACCAAAUUAUGACUUGGAUUGGAGUAAAUUCUGCAGUAUUACCACAGAUGGGUCACCAUCCGUGAUUGGUAAAAAUGCUGGUGUUGUCACAAAAAUACAGAAUAAAAUUUUAAAUGAAAUUAAAGGUGAACAACCUAAAUUCAUUGGAAUUCACUGUAUUGUACAUCAAGAAGUCUUGGCCUCUAAAGUGCUGAAAAUGGAUCAUGUAAUGAAUCCCAUAAUUAAAAUAAUUAAUUUUAUUAAAAGUAGAGGACUAAAUGAUUUAGCAGUCACACAAUUUUUAAAUGAUAUUGGUGAAAGAUGUUCAGAUAUUCCCUACUUUGCAGAAGUAUGGUGGCUUAGUUGUGGAUCAAUGCUUAAACGAUUUUUCGAAUUGUGUAAACAUGUUAUGUUUAUGGCUCAAAAGGGCACACAGUGAUGAAUGGUGGCUUGCUUUGCAUUCUUAGUAGCUAUGAUGGAACACUUGAAUAAUUUGAACAUUAAACUUUAAGGAAAAAAUGUAAUCAUUACGCAACUGUACUCAAGUGUUCAAGCUUUCAAAAUAAAAUUAAAGUUGUGGGAAUCGCAGCUGCAAGAACAAAAACUUGACCAUUUUCCUAGCAUUUGUGAAAUCGGCAUGUACAAUGCAGAUAAAUUAGCAGAUUUUUCUUAUCAUUUGCUUGAUCUUAUUGCUGAAUUUGAUAGUCGUGUUGCAGAUUUUCGCAAGCUCAAUAUCUACAACUUUCCUUUUUUAAUGAUCUGUUUACAUUCGAUGUUGGUAAAGCACCGACUUACUUGUAAAUGGAACUAAUAGAUUUGCAGUGUGAUACUGCUUUAAAAAGCAAGUUCAGUGAAGUUGACAUUUUAUACAAAGUAUUUCAAAAAUCAAAAUAGCUAUUCCAACUUAAGGAACCAUGCUGCCUGCAUUUUAUGCAUGUUUGGAAGUUCAUAUGUGUGUGAACAAUUAUUUUCAACAAUGAAGAUUAAUAAAUCUAAAUACCGUUCAAGACUUACAGAUGAACAUCUUCAGUCCAUUUUGAAAAUCAAUACAUCAUCAUUGACACCAAAUAUCGAGGAGAUAAUGAAGUGUAGAAGAAAUCAAGUUUCUGGAGCCUCAAAAUAAUAUUUUGGUUUAAUACGUCUCUACUUAAAAAAAUUACAAUUUUUUUUCUUUAAUAAAAUCAUUCUUUAUAUACUUCUUAUUUAUACUUUGUAUUAUAUUUGCAUUUUAUUUUUAAUCUGGCCCGCUGUCAUACUCGAGACAAAAAAUUAGCACUUAAGGAGUUUGAGUUUGACAUCCCUGUUUUAAAGGAACUAAACAGCCUUUUUGACUGGCCUUUAAAAUUUUUCUUAUUGGGCUGCAAUUUGAAAAAUUGUAGAUAUAUAAAUUCCAACUGUUGUGUGUCUGUCUGUCCAUCUUUUCUUAAUCUUGAGAAUAGUGUUGGAUAGAAAGUUGAGAUUAGAUGUGGAAAGCUUAGGGACAGGAAGUCCUGAUUAACUAUAUACAAACUUCUGGAUUCCACCAGAAGUUGCAUGAUUUUAAUUCAAAAAUUUCCUCCAGAAUGGAAUUAUAUAGAUGACCAGCAUGACUCUGUUGCUAUCAGGAAAACUAUUGUAUACAGGGGCAAGACACUUAUUUGAUAUGAAGAACAUAUACCAUAUAUCUCGGCAGAUAAGACGAUAGUUGAAUUAUAAAAAAAGACCCCCAAAAUCUGGGGUUGUCUUAUAGGACAGAUACAAAAAAAAAUUAGAUUGAAAUUUAUAUAAAUUAAAACCAUUUUAAAAAAACGGACAAACCGUAAUUAUUUACUAGUAGAGAGAGUAGGGCACGUGCACAAAAUAGAAGAGCUCAUAUGACAUUUUUGUGAAUAGUUAAGGUCAUUACCUGAAUGACAAAUCAGUGCCAAUGUUUGCAACAAUUGCAAGGCAAUGCUGUCAGAUGCAAAAAAAUAAAAUUUGUUCAUUCGAAAAAUUACAAAUAGGACAUAAUUCCAUAUACAUUAUACAGUAUUAUUAUUCAGAUGAUGAUCGCUGAUCUAAACUAAAUUCAUAGGCCGUUGAUAGUUUGGGGGUCUUCUUGUAGGGCAGAUAUACGCUAAAACUAUAAAACUUCAACAAGAAUUUAUACCUCGUCUUAUCUGAAGGUUGUCUUAUUUGCCGAGAUAUAUGGUAUUUUAAAUUAAAUAAAUUUAAAAUAUGAUUAAAAAUUGCAGCUUGGUAUUAUGAUGAUGUCACAAUAAUUUUUGCUCUUUUAUCUUUAUGAUCAUUUCAUUAGUGCAUGAUGUCAAUAGUUGCCUUGAUUGUGGAUUAUUUUUCACUUAUUCUUGCCUAUUCUGAGAACAUUUUAUCCAUUGAUAAACAGUUACCUUAUUCAAGUGAUCAUUAUCAUUAUAAACUAGGGUUGAUAAGUGUUGAGUCACAAUAUCAGAUAUGUUU